UACUUCUGAACGUCCACCUGAACGCGAGCGAUGUGAGAAAGGAGAAAAAAUGAGUUAGACAGAAAUUUGACUUGUUAGUGUAUUUCAAUUUUUAAACAAUUUUUCAAGCGAAUUUGUGUGCAGGUGAAAACCAAAACUACACCCGUAUGUCGCAUAAUCCCGAGGACUUCGGGCAAUCAGAAAACGCGCAAAACGAUUUUCCUAGCAAUGGAUCCGCCGAAAUCUGCUAUGCAUCGAACUCCACGCCGACCCUAGUUGUGGCAGACAUCGGCACCAUACAGGAGGCGGGGAACAAAGACAAUCUCGAUGCUCAUGAAAAUUGUAAUGGGAACGGCAAUGAGCCACUAUAUACACAAAUACACGCAGAACAACACUUUGGCGUACAAAUAAAGCCAGAACCACAACCACAGCCAGAGAAACAGCAGAAGAAGCAGCUGGCGCCCGAACACACACAUCCGAAUCCGCAUCCAAGUGAUCCAUGUGAGCUGGUACCGACUGGUCUUGGUGCUUUCGAGAUAUCUGGCAACGCUGCCCCACCAGACCUUUCAGAAGACUGUAAAACAGAAAAACCGCAGAAACCCGAUAAUAUCGUAAAACUGAACGACGACAACGAGCAGCAGCAGGAGCCCGAACGUCCGCAUCCGAUUGAUCCGAUUGUGAGGGUAUCUGGCACCGGUAUAGAAGACUCGCAGACAGAGGGACAACAGAAACCCGAUAAUAUCCAACCGGAAAGAACAUUGAACAACAACGAUCCGCAGAAGCCUGCAACUAUCUCGGUGGACAGUACAGCGCCCUCGAUUGGGGUUAUUGAAAUAGCCGAUGAGCAGGACCUGCUGUUAGAUUCAAACCGUGUAUCUCCCGAUUAUACACGUAGAAAUAAAGUGCGCGAGUGGCUCAGCGAAGAAGGAAGACAAGACCUGGAAGACUCUGAGGAAGAAGCGGAGAUCGAGUUGGAACUGCAGCUAUUGAAAUAUCCCUUAACACCCUAUUACGUAGCCGAAAAACAGCAGAAGCAGCAGCAGGCGCCCGAACACACACAUCCGAAUCCGCAUCCAAGUGAUCCAUGUGAGCUGGUACCGACUGGUCUUGGUGCUUUCGAGAUAUCUGGCAACGCUGCGCCACCAGACCUUUCAGAAGACUGUAAAACAGAAAAACCGCAGAAACCCGAUAAUAUCGUAAAACUGAACGACGACAACGAGCAGCAGCAGGAGCCCGAACGUCCGCAUCCGAUUGAUCCGAUUGUGGGGGUAUCUGGCACCGGUAUAGAAGACUCGCAGACAGAGGGACAACAGAAACCCGAUAAUAUCCAACCGGAAAGAACAUUGAACAACAACGAUCCGCAGAAGCCUGCAACUAUCUCGGUGGACAGUACAGCGCCCUCGAUUGGGGUUAUUGAAAUAGCCGAUGAGCAGGACCUGCUGUUAGAUUCAAACCGUGUAUCUCCCGAUUAUACACGUAGAAAUAAAGUGCGCGAGUGGCUCAGCGAAGAAGAAAGACAAGACCUCGAAGACUCUGAGGAAGAAGCGGAGAUCGAGUUGGAACUGCAGCUAUUGAAAUAUCCCUUAACACCCUAUUACGUAGCCGAAAAACAGCAGAAGCAGCAGCUGGCGCCCGAACACACACAUCCGAAUCCGCAUCCAAGUGAUCCAUGUGAGCUGGUACCGACUGGUCUUGGUGCUUUCGAGAUAUCUGGCAACGCUGCGCCACCAGACCUUUCAGAAGACUGUAAAACAGAAAAACCGCAGAAACCCGAUAAUAUCGUAAAACUGAACGACGACAACGAGCAGCUGCAGGAGCCCGAACGUCCGCAUCCGAUUGAUCCGAUUGUGAGGGUAUCUGGCACCGGUAUAGAAGACUCGCAGACAGAGGGACAACAGAAACCCGAUAAUAUCCAACCGGAAAGAACAUUGAACAACAACGAUCCGCAGAAGCCUGCAACUAUCUCGGUGGACAGUACAGCGCCCUCGAUUGGGGUUAUUGAAAUAGCCGAUGAGCAGGACCUGCUGUUAGAUUCAAACCGUGUAUCUCCCGAUUAUACACGUAGAAAUAAAGUGCGCGAGUGGCUCAGCGAAGAAGAAAGACAAGACCUCGAAGACUCUGAGGAAGAAGCGGAGAUCGAGUUGGAACUGCAGCUAUUGAAAUAUCCCUUAACACCCUAUUACGUAGCCGAAACUGGGCGAGAGAAGAGGCUUUCGACCAAGGAACACUUCGCAGCGGAAAAAGGAGCGGGUGUGGAGCUCAAACGAAAGAAGCAGGAGGAAGAGGAACUGCUGCCGUGCAAGAAAAUUAGCAAGUAUCGUUCCUGGGUGGAGGGCGGUAGCAAGGAUUCUUUUCCAAAUCUUUCCAACCCAUUAAACAAGGACUGGCCCCAACAGAAUAACGUCUCAUCCACGUCUGAGAGAGAGGAGGAAGGAUACGAGGAGCACGAGGUGCUUCAGUCCCACUCCAAGGAAGAAGAGUUCCAAUAUAUCUCUGAUACAGAGACAGAGUCAAGGUCAAACGAAUACGAGAUCCAGGAAAUUACCGAGUCAGACGAAGAAAGGGUCCAAGCGGGUUUUUCCCCGCCUUUAUCUCUGGCAGGGGACUCUGAGACGAAUAAAGAGGACGCGACUUCGUCGUUGUCCAAGGAGGAAUAUCCUUCGGCAAACAUCGACGCACUAAUCCCUGUAGGAGGCGACGAGAAGAAGGCGACUCAGUUGUGGGACCCAGAGAAAUAUCCCUCGGCAGGCACGAACGCCGAGCAGGAGGCUCCCGUGUACCUCACGCUUGAGCCGGCAAAAGAGCUUCAGUCACAAGAGAUUGCCACCGAAGAAGAACAAAUAAGAAGCGAGCUCCCACACGAGACUGGAUCGAGCAGCACGUGCGAGACAAUAUACGAGGACCUGGAUACUAAAGGCGCUUACUACAUUAUACACACGCUUAAAAAGCCAGCAGAGGACCUGCAUUUGCAAGAGAUUGACGUUGAACAGAAUUUACACUCCUACCAGUCAACGGCUAGAGAAGAGGAGGCAUUCAAACAGAUCCUAGAGUCCUACCAGUCAACGGCUGGAGAACAAGUUGUGCAGCAGAGCAUCCCAACAGAGGCUCAGCAGCAGAGUCAUCCCCCAAUCGAACAGCAGCUGCCAGAGGCCGAGUCUGUAUUAAAUUUGCGGACAGAGGCGGCACUGUCAUUGCUUCUUCCUAAAGAGGCACUUGCCGGCCCCGCAGAUCUCGUGGAAUCACCACAGCCUGGUCCUUACCCAGCCAUCGAAGCUCUUGUGGAAUCACCACAGCCUGACCCUCACCCAGCCAUUGAUGCCGUUGAGGAGGACACAAAAGGAACCCAAACAGAUUUUGACGAAGGCAUUUUUGAGGUUCCAGAUCCACUACAAGAACAAGAACAGAAGCGCCAUAUCGUUGAGGACCUUUACGUGGCUCUCUAUCACAUUGGAACGACAAUCAAUCGGAUUCCAAAGACUCCCACCGCCGACAACCUGAUCGACAUUGCCAUCAGCAAGGACAGAGUCUUUGAGCUGUGGAAGAGGCUGCUGGUGGAGUUGGAGCACGAACUGUCCCCCGACGAAUUGCCCCCACUGAUAGCCUUGCACGAGGACAUUGCUUUCGCCAAGAAACUUGAAAGCGAUUCGAUGGGCUUGGAGUUCUUAAACAAACUACGUAAAAUCUUCAGCUGGACACAUGCGAAAGAUGAAACUGCCACUGAAGUAGCCGGAACCGGCGCCGGAAUAGACACCACACAGAAUCUUCGCAGCAGCGAAGAGCGUCGCGUGGCAGCCGGCACCGUCGACGGAACUGACACUCCAGCACCACAUUUCUACAAUACUUCCAGGAAGCGUUCUUAUAGUGCCGAAGAACAAGAGAGCUCUUUUUUCAAGUACCGCCGUGUGGACAGCACAUUUCCCCGUUACAUUACGAAUCCGAUUGCCGAGGACAUGCCCACCACCACCGAGUCCAUGGCAGAUCAGAAACCAGGGCCCGUGUCCCGUUUGCAGACCCCCUCGUCGGGCAACAAGCGUCUGUCCAUAUUCAAUGAACCGCGCAGCGCACAGCAUAUCAUCCGCUAUCAAGGCCUCAGCAGCACCCACAUUGACUUGUCAGACGAUGAUGAGUCGCCAGUCAAUGGCUCCAUCUUCCAGUCGUUCGGCCGUGGACGUACCACUGCCUCCUCAACCGAUUGGCUGCUAAAUGGUCAGUCCUCAUCCCAAGGUAAUGGUGCUGCUCAUCCCUCAUCGAUUGUACGCCGCUCGUAUGCGGAUGCAGUGCGCCUGGGCCAGGGUGGCAGUGGCUUCAUCGAGCAUGUACAGUCCGGCAUGAAUGGGCAUCAGCAUCACCCUCAUGCCGUGCGCGGAUCCCACAACGACAGUCUGCUCAUUCACGAGGAACGUCGCUCGGAGCGCGAGCAGUAUAAUAAUCUUCUCCACAACGUAGCCUACAAUGAACUCCGAUCAAACCAAUUCAGUCGGGCAAACCCUCCGCCGCUUUUGCCGAUCAUGAACUGGAGCUCCAUGCCCAAGAAGAACACAGAAGAAUACAGAAGUCUGUUGGAAAUCGCCAAGCAGACGGCCAAGACACAGCGCCCAAGGUCGCAGGCACCGGCACCAGCACCACCGCCGCCGCCACCGAUGCUGCGCACGACGGUCUGUGAAGUAAAUUCUAGUGACAGCAACUCUGGAAGCGGCAGUCCGCCGCCCGCUCAAACCACGGAAGCUGCUGCACAGCCCGUCAUAAUCGAUCUGGACGAUAGCUCCAGCGAGCAGAAACAGUCUGCGAAAAGCGAAACAGAGAAUCAGAAGCGAAUCCAGGCAAUGCAGAAGCGCUUCAGCGAAAGCAUAUUCUUCCGCGAUGAUUUCGAGCAGACGUUCAGACAGCGCGAGCAGCGCCAACGCGCUGAAGCGGACCAUAAGCGUCAGCUGGCUUGCAUCGCGGCCGAAAAGGUAACCGAAGUGCGUCGCAGUCUGGAGGGUUCAUUCCGCUGGACCAUCUUGAAAUGCCACAUGGGAUGUGUGCCCUUAUUGAUGGACUUCGGUGCGAAGGAGGAAGACGAGAAGGAAAUUGAGUUUAUUCCACUCGUCGAUGAGCAGUUGCAGAAGCUGCAACGCAUAGUGACAGGCCCAGAUGAUGCUCCUGUUAUCAGCAAAUAUGGGCUUACAAUUACUAAAAAGGAUAUUCGCACACUGACCGGCCUCUUCUGGCUGAACGACGAAGUGAUCAAUUUCUAUAUGAAUCUGCUCACCGAACGUUCGCAGCAGAAGAAGGGAAUUCUGCCCAGUGUCUACGGCAUGAACACAUUCUUUCUGCCACGCCUCAUCAAGGUUGGGUUCGAUGGUGUGAAGCGCUGGACGCGUAAGAUUGAUGUGCUGAGCAACGACAUCAUUCCAGUGCCUGUGCACUGCAAUGGUAUGCAUUGGUGCAUGGCCAUCAUACACUUGAAAAACAAGACCAUCUUCUACUACGAUUCGCUUGGAAAGCCGAAUCACAUCGCCCUGGAUGCCCUUAAGAACUACAUUAUGGCCGAGUCACUAGACAAGCGCAAGGAGCCAUACGACAUGAGCGGCUUUAGGAUUGAAAAUGUGUUGAAUGGCCCGCAACAAACGAACGGAUCAGACUGCGGUGUGUUUAGCUGUAUGACAGCCGAAUAUAUAACUCGGGGAAAGCCGCUGACAUUCAAUCAGGAGCACAUGAGCUAUUUUCGUAAGAAAAUGAUACUGGAGAUUGUUCAUGGGCAGCUGUGGAAAUAGUACUCGCCAAAAACACACACUACAGUCUACACACUUAUGGAAUUAAGCAAUACAAAAGAAAUAGGGAAUAAAAUUAGGAAUAGGACUCUUUUGCAGGAGGACUUCCCCAACACACACUUGCAAACAUAAUUUAUUGACUUAGUUGUCGAAAAACUACACGAAAGAAAAAAACGAAACAAAAUGAAAUCAUGGGACUUGAAUCCGUCUAAAUCGUGGGAUCUAGCCACGCACGCAGCCCAAUAUGCAACAAGAAUCCCCAUCCGCUCCCAUCCCUCAGUUGAACAAAUACUGAGUUACAAAGUUACUAAAUCUAUGGUCCAUGAACCAAAGGAAGCUCCACAACAUAAUUAAACUUGAAUACACAUUAAUUAGUACAUUAGAUUAGCAUGGGGGUUCAAUAUAAAUAAGAAAUAUAAUAUGUAACAAUAAUACACAAUUGUAUAAUAUAUAUUAUUUAAAUACAAAUCUUUAAUACGUGACUUCGA